AUGGUAAAUGAUGACCAAAAAUGGGGGGAAUUAUUGGAGGAAGCAGAAAAUCUCCCAAUGGAUGGAUAUAAUAGAGGAUUAGAAUCAAGUGUUAGUGAAAGAAUUGUUCGAAAUGCGGGCCCAGUUCUAGCUAAAAAAUUGGAGCAAAUAGCAAAAGAAAAGGGAGGAUUGCCUGUAGGGGAUGCUUUUGCUACUGAAAGUUUUCAAAUUGGACGUUAUUAUUUUGCUAAAAGUAAUUAA